AUGCAAAACGGUGGUAGACAGAACAAUUUGAUUGAAUUCGUCAGAAUCGGUCUAAUUCACAGCCCUUCGGGUCGACUACUAACCUCUGAGACUUUUCAGGGUGUCUUAAAUGUCCAAGGUGUGACCUUGAAACGCAAACAAAUUUGGAUCCUCUACACGGAAUCCUCCAAUCCAACCGCCUUCUUUCUGCAAAAUCAUCAAGGAAAUUUCCUGAGUGCUGAUGGAAAUGGGAGGGUUUCUUUGACCCCCGAGAAACCCGGCGAGGAUGAACGAUUUAUCAUUCACUUUGAUCCCAAGGCAUCCGGAGAAAUUGCUCUCCAGUCGAAAGCGCACGGAUUUUAUCUGCAUUGGUCUGGAACGGAAAUUCGAUGCUUCUCAAAGGAACCCGUUUGGUGGGGAAUGCGUCUUGGAAUUCAUCCCCAGGUAUAUACAACUCGUGAUCUUUUGUCUUUUGAUUUUCCAAAAAUCUUAAAUUCCGAUUAG